AUGGCGGCGGUGCGUCGUCUCGUGUUCUUGGGCGUCGCGGUGCCCACCGUGAUGUACGUCUUCUCCUCGUACGACAGCGUCCUGAACUGGCUGUUCGAGAGGCGCGUUGCCCGCAUGGAGAGAGAUAAACUGCACAACGCGGCUAUGCAGGAGAGGCAAAGACUGCUGGCAGAGGUGUUGGAGGGAAGGUCAUAG